AUGUAUCGCCCUGCACCACGAGCAGACCCGCCUGCCAACUCUGCUAGCGGUCGCACCAACCCUUCUCGCUCUGGUGGUGCAGUGGGUGACCCUGGUCCUUCUACGCAGCGCGCUGCUGAGCCGAGCACGCAGGCUUUUAGCUCUCUUCCAAUCACCCUGCCGCCAUUCAUCCAUGGCAAAACAGACGUGGCUGCGUGGUUGUCGAUGAUGACCGACCUGUUCAAGGCGCACAAGGUCCAAGGCGACGCUCCCGUCGUCGCUGCCACCACCGUGCUGGACCAGAACGCACAGCGAGUGGUAUAUGGCAGCAAGAUCCAGGCUGAGGCGGAUAGGAAGCCGUUUGGGUGGAAGGAAUUCGCAUCUGCACUCAAGCAAGCUUUCCAGGUCCAGCCGACUCAGCUGGAGGUGCGCAGCCGCCUUGAGAAGCUGCAGUGCGGGAACCGCACAGUGCAGCAGUACGCCGUGGAGUUCAAGGAGAUCUGGCGCGUGGUGGGGACCACUGAUAAGCACUUCCGCCCUUAUGCCAAAACCACUACCCAGCCGCAGCAGGCCUCAAGGCCGUCUUCUAGCACUGCGGGUCCUAGCGGAAGGCAGCAGGGAACGCCUUGGAAGUGCGGGAACCACAAGAGGCCCUUCCAGCAGGGGCAGCAGGCUGACCACAAGGCCAAGAAGGUCAACGAGGGUGGACCAAGCAAUGUCCAGAGCUGCAUCAAGUGCGGCAAGCCUAGACACAAGGGCUAUGAGUGCCGCCACCGCAAGGCGGUGAAGUACUCUGGCAAGUCCAAGACGGACAACAAGCGCCAUGAUGGCAGUGGUCCCUCGGGCAGCCAGCGGGAUUUUGCAAAGCCCAACUAG